GCCAGGACACCCAGCCGCUGGUAGUAAACUCCGGGCGGGAGGAGGCUCCCGUUAGCUCCGUGUUAAUUAGUUCAACACCGCCCAGGGGGAGCAGUUGGUGGCUGUGGAGGGUCAGUGCUGGAUGGGACCAAAUCUUGCAAAGCCACUUACUGCUUCUUGCCAGCCAGCUGUAAAAGCACCCAGAGGGUCCAGGAGAACUGGAUGAAUCCUGAGCACUAGCCGUGGUCUGAUCGGCUUUUCUCUGUGGAAGAAGUUAAUGGUUUAAGUGAGGGGCAUCUGGAUCUGGUCCCCGAGUCACCAUGACGCUCCUGGGGUCUGAGCACUCCUUGCUGAUUCGGAGCAAGUUCAGAUCAGUUUUACAGCUACGGCUUCAGCAGAGAAGGACCCGUGAGCAGCUGGCAGACCAAGGCAUCAUGCCACCACUGAAAAGCCCAUCUGCAUUCCACGAACAGCGAAAAAGUCUGGAGCGAGCCAAGACUGAAGAUUAUCUCAAGCACAAGAUCAGAAGCAGGCCUGAGCGAUCAGACCUGGUCAAUAUGCACAUUUUACAAGACUCAGCUGCAGAGGGGUCCAUUCAGUCUACUCAAAUGAAUCUGAAAAGAGCCCGACUGGCAGAUGAUCUCAAUGAAAAGAUUGCUCUCAGGCCGGGUCCUUUGGAGCUGGUGGAGAAGAAUAUUAUACCAGUUGACUCAGCUGUGAAAGAGGCCAUAAAAGGCACCCAGGUCAGCUUCCCCAAGGCGGCUGACGCCUUCGCCUUCGAGGAGGACAGCAGCAACGACGGACUGUCCCCGGAGCAGGCCAGGAGCGAGGACUCCCCGGGCUCCACCGAGCUGGCGGCAGGCACCAAGGCACCGGAGCCAGCCCUUGCUGCGCCUGCUGCGGUGCCCCAGGAUCACCCCCACAGUGCCGAGGGCCAUGCACUGGACCCAGCCUCAGGGCAGAGCAGCCACUGUGACAGCCCCAAGCAGACAGCAGGGCAGGAGUGCCCAACCCUGUCGGUGCCCUCCACCAUGAAGUCCAAAUCAUCCAGUGAUGGCAAGAACCGUCACAAAAAGCCCAAGGACACCAAGCCCAAGGUGAAGAAGCUGAAGUAUCACCAGUACAUCCCUCCAGACCAGAAGGCAGAGAAGUCCCCUCCACCCAUGGAUUCUGCAUAUGCUAGACUCCUCCAGCAGCAGCAGCUCUUUCUGCAGCUCCAGAUCCUCAGCCAGCAGCAGCAGCAACAGCAGCAGCAGCAGCAGCACUUCAGCUACCCAGGGAUGCACCAAGGCCAGCUAAAGCAAUCAAAUGAGCAAAUGGUCAAAAGUUCAAGUUCUUCAUCAACUUCUGUCAACAACACCCCUCUUUCUCCUGUGAAAACCACCUUUUCAGGCCAGACUUGUGUCUCAUCUAUCAAGCCAGGCCCUCUGCCAUCUAACCUGGAUGAUCUGAAAGUAUCAGAACUGAGACAGCAGCUCCGAAUACGAGGCUUGCCUGUGUCGGGUACCAAAACAGCACUGAUGGAACGACUGCGGCCCUUCCAGGAGUGCAGCAGCAAUGCAGUGCCAAGCUUCAGUGAGAUCACCACCGUCACCUUCCCCGUCACUCCAACAAGCACCCUGUCGAGUUACCAGUCGCAAUCCUCCACCAGCAUGUUAUCGAAUGGCUUCUACCACUUUGGCAGCACCAGCUCCACCCCACCCAUCUCCCCAGCCUCCUCUGACCUCUCUGUGAGCGGCUCUUUGCCAGACACAUUCAACGAUGGGCCCAUGUCUUCUCCACAGUUCGGUCUCCAGCCAUCUCCGGUUCAUGGCAGUGCUGAAGAAAGUCUCAUGAGCAGCAUGAAUGGAGGGAGCAUCCAGUUGGAGCUGGAAGGGAUUGACACAGAGAAAGACAAGAUGCUGGUGGAGAAGCAAAAGGUCAUCAAUGAGCUCACGUGGAAGCUGCAGCAAGAGCAGAGGCAGGUGGAAGAGCUACGGAUGCAGCUCCAGAAGCGCAAGAGAAGCAAUGGCCUUGAGGAGAAGCAGCAGCCUGCUCAGCAUUUCUUUGGUGUCCCCAUCAAGCAAGAAAAUGCAGUGUCCAGCUGUCCGUUUGCAUCCAAACAAACUGCCUUGAAAAGCCAAGCCAGCAGCUCGGAUAAGUUAAGUAACUGUGGGGUGCCGCAGCUGCCUCACGUUGUAAAUAGCCACUGCUUGGAGCCUGCAGGGCAAAGCACCAUCACCUCCUCGACAUUCCUGAGCCCUCAGUGCUCCCCCCAGCAUUCUCCACUCGGUGCUGCUAAGAGCCCCCAGCACAUCAGCCUGCCGCCGUCCCCCAACAGCCACUAUCUCCUCUCGGUGUCCCCCAGCUCACAGGCAGAAGGGCGCAGCGGGUCCCCGCAGACCAACAGUUGCCUUCGAACAGCAUCGAUGGCUACGCAGGCAGGUCAAAAGUUUUCUAUUCCACCCCCAAGUUUUUGUAAGUCAAGCCCAGCCCUCUCAGAGGUAAAGCAGCCUCCACCCUAUGAGGAUGCAGUAAAGCAGCAGAUGACACGAAGUCAGCAGAUGGAUGAGCUCCUGGACGUGCUGAUUGAGAGCGGAGAAAUGCCAGCCAAUGCCAAAGAAGACCGGUCCUGCCUCCAGAAAGUACCUCAGAUAACGGUGUCUACAGGGAACUCCAGUGCUUCGCUCCCAAAGUCAUCCACCCCAUUCGAGCAGGUCUCCUCAGUCCAGCUCUCCUUUGAGCACUGUCCGGGCAGCAGUGAUGCUCACCUGGAGGUCCUGCUGAAUGCCCACAGCCCCCUGGGGAGGGUCAGUGAAAUUGCCCUGCUGAAGAUGGGGGGAGAAGAGUCCCACUUCGAAGGGAUGAUGGAGGGGUUCUCCGGCAAAGCUGCAGACGAACUGCUCACCUCCCAGGAGAUUUUACAGACUCCCCUCUCACCCAUGGAAACCCAGCUCUCCCCUUCCCCUGCUGAUGGCUCCGGUUUACAAAUGAGUUUCACUGAGUCUCCGUGGGAAACGAUGGAGUGGCUGGACCUCACCCCCCCCAGCUCCGCCACCGGCUUUGGCUCGCUCACCCCUGCAGGUCCCAGCAUCUUCAACAUCGAUUUCUUAGAUGUUACCGAUCUCAAUCUAAACACCAGCAUGGACCUGCACCUGCAGCAGUGGUGAAAGUGAGAAUGGUGGAGGCAGGAUACUGUAAGCCUGCAGCAGCCAGCACAGUGUUUCUGCCCUGUCAGAGAACACAUAGGGCUAACGUGCCACAUCCAGGGGAAACUGGAGUAAUUUUCCCAGCAUAUAAACUUCUUUGAAUUUCCAGUUAAUGCAAACUGACAGCACAACAGCUCUGGUACUUUGGUUUCCUCCACUGACACAUCCCCACAGAGGACACCUGUGCCUUUAACAACACUUCAUUGGAUUGACAAGAACUUCAGUUUUGUUUCUUUUACCUUUCUCCCCGCACCCCCUACCCCCCACCCCCCACCCCCUACACACACACCCCCCCUCCCCAGUUUUGGCAGACACUCUUGUGAGAACUGGAGAAGUUCAUGACAAAACUAUGUGGUGAGGAGACCUCACCUGGGUGGCAAUGGGAAAUCAUGGAGAGGAGAGCCCCCUCCUGCCCUCUCCUCUACUCUCCUACUGCCUGCCCAGCCCUUUAGGCAAGCCUGGGCUCACCCUGGCCAUGCCCAGGCUGGGGGGUGUGGGAGCAGGGAGGCUCUGCCUGGCCAGGGCGACAAGCACACUUCUUCUCACAGCCAGGCUCACCUUGCUUCCUUUCUGCUGCCCCCAAAGCUGCAUCGCCCAGCCCUGCACAGCCCCGCUCCAGGAGGCUGAGGGAUGGAGGCCACCCCGGGGCUGGUGGCACCUUGUCAUGUCUCCUGGCACCUGGGGCGGGGCUGAAAGCCCAGGAGCUGUCCCUGCUGCAGGCUGAGGUGAAUCAGGGUGAAGCCUGUGACCUUGGAGCAGACACCUCUGGACGGUGGAGGCGGCUGCUUGGGGUGCAGGUGCAGGUAUCGAGGGGACGUGGGAUCCUGCUGGAGCUGCUGUGUCCCAGCUGGUAUGGUACAGAGAGAGCUGUGUGAUGUGUUUUGGUCCAAGGUAGGUGCAAGUUGUAUGGAACAUGCAGUCAGGCUUUGGAGGGGCUGACCUUCACACAGCCAGAAGUCAGGAUGGUUCUCUACCACCUUGCAUGACCGGGGAGCAGGGGGAGCCAGAAAUGGACACACAGCGACUGGCACGUGGGGCAGAGCUGAGCGGGCCCUUGCAUGGCUUUGGUUUUGUGUGAGUGUCUGCUUUUGUUGCCUCCACUCCUCUGCCAUCCACCCCUCCGUCCUUCUUCCCAUUCCUCCUUGAUCCCCAGCAGUCAUCCUGUUCUUCCCGAGUUUACUCCAGUGUCACUGUUCACUCAGCCCAGAGCAAGGCCAUCCGGAGAACAGCUGUGAAUCACUGAGCCUGGAGGAGCUAGUUCUCCUGAAGCUGGCAGAGAUGGAUGCUCUCCUGCAGUGAUGCCUCCUGUUUGAAGUCACCAGCAUUUCUCCUAUGAGUCUCUGUGCAAUAUACUUCCUCAGGCUCUAUUGAGAAGGAGCCUUUGCUCCACUUCUUGGCUUCCACCAAAGAACUUGCUGCAGACUGUUAGAUGGACACGUCUACUUCUUUGCAAUUCUGGUUUUGCCAAAGUAAAUAUUGUUGCUGACAAAGAUUGUUAAACUAUUUACAGACUGAGUGUAUUUAAUAUUUGUGUUACUGGAAGGACAGCACAUCGGUGAUGCAGCGGCUGGGGAGGAGGUCUGGCACGAGGGGCCUGCGGGCAGUCUGGCCAUGGCUUUUGUGGGACGCUCCCCCCAGGGAUGCUGGAGCUGCUGGAGGAGGCUCUGCAGCCCCUGCUGUGUCUCCAGUUCGUGGCGUUGUUGCAUGCUGUGUAAAGCACGUGGCAGUAGCUUUCAAGUCACUAUUUAAAGCACCACUUUUCUAUUGUACAACUGGUCACAGUGCACUGCUAGGAUAGACAAUCACAGGUUGCAAUUUUUUUUUAAAGAAUGUCUUUUUCUAAGUGAGAGGUUUUUCAAAGUUGGUCCAUGGAGAAUAUUAAUAGCACUUGAAACAGAGUAGUGUUAGCUGCUACACUGCGUCAUUGUACAGGGCUUUCCAGAUAACUUUCUCCUCUCAGCAAAUGUAUUUCCUUAUUUAAAGGGAUGCUGUCAGCUUCAAACUUGUAAGCAAGCACAUUUUCUUACCUAUGUUACCAGCAACACCUUCAUUAUUAAAAACCCCUUUGUCUUGUCA